AUGGCGACUGAAAAUAUUCUAAACAAAAUUUACGCGACCAGAAAGGAGCACCCCGCGCGCGCCCAAGAAACUGCAACAGCGGAGUUCGUACAAGCACUUAUAGUCAACCCAGCCACACAAACUGCUUCCGAUGCACCAAUUCAUCACCAGAAGUUUCCCAACCAUGAGGACCUCGCGCGCACCCGAGAAACGGUAUCCGAGUCCUUUCUGCAAGCCCUCAUAGACAACCCAGCCACCAGCUUCUCAUGCGUUAACUUUGCAGACCGACUCCGCAAAGGACGAGCCACGCGCAAGAUGGCGUGUGUGGCUGAAGUCAAGCGAGCGUCUCCCAGUAAGGGAGACUUCGCACCCAACGCUGAUGCGGCUGCACAAGCGUAUCGAUAUGCCUCUGGUGGUGCUGAUGGCAUAUCGGUGCUAACUGAACCACGGCACUUCAAAGGCCAACUGGCUGAUCUCAGAGCCGUGCGCGCCAUGCUAGAGGACACUAUGACCAGCGAUACACGCCCAUGCGUGUUGCGCAAAGACUUCAUCUUCGACCCUUUCCAGUUGCUUGAAGCACGCGCAUACGGGGCAGAUAGCGUGCUUCUGAUCGUCAAGAUGCUCUCAGACACCCUCCUCCGCAGUUUGCUGGAAGACGCUCGUAAGCUGGGCAUGGAGCCAUUAGUUGAGGUGAACAACACAGAGGAGAUGCAGCGGGCUCUGGCUGUGGGGGCGGUGGUGAUUGGCGUGAACAACAGGAAUCUGACGGAUUUCCAAGUAGAUCUCAACACGACCUCGUCUUUACUCGCAAUGGUGCCCGAGAACGUUAUCCUCAUGGCACUGAGUGGCAUCACCUGUCGCGCUGAUGUGGCCCUCUACGAAGCCCAAGGUGUGCACGCCAUCCUUGUGGGUGAGUCGCUGAUGAGGGCGCCUGACACUCGCGUGUUUAUGCGUGAGCUGCUCAGUGUGAUGGCCUCGGCUGAAGAGCCUGUGGAGAUGCCGACCACACACCGAAGAACCCGUGUGAAGGUGUGUGGUCUCUCCACCGUCGAGGCUGCCCUCACAGCUGCCACUGCGGGGGCCGACCUUUGUGGACUGAUCUUUGCGGAGAAAAGCCCCAGAUGCGUAACCAUGGCAACGGCGCGCACUAUCGUACACGAAGUCAAACUCUCCAUGGGACAUGUACCGGGGAGUAUGGCGUGUUGUGAUGAUGUAGGUAGUAAUAACGGUAUUAGUGCACGGACACAGACUCGCUUAGAGAUUCUGCUGAACACUCGACGGCCGCUGUUUGUGGGCGUCUUCCAGGACCAGCCAGUCGACUUUGUGAAUGAGAUGGUACGGGAGUGUCAACUCGAUCUCGUGCAACUCCACGGCUCCGAAGACAAUGCCUACGCCAAUCAAAUUGUCGCACCGUGCAUCCGAGUAGUGCACGUGGGUCCCGACGACUCACGCGAUGACGUCAUUGCAUCUAUUACGUCAUCGAGCACGUGUCAGAACGUUGCGUUGACACUUCUUGACACUAAAGUGACGGGGUCUAGUAUGUCAGGGGGCGCUGGGGUGACCUUUGACUGGACAUUGGCUGCUGCUGCAGGGAAGGCCGGCUUUGAAGUCAUGUAUGUAUCGACAAGUGGUACCAACUGA